AGGCUCACAGAUCCACAGGAAGAAAAACAGAAGAGAUAAUCCAGCAGCUACAUAAUCAAGAAUAGACCGCAGACUCUUCAGACGAGCAGGGUCACUAGUUUCCAUGCUGAGCCUCACACAAAUAGAGCCUGAGACACCAGCCUCCUCCCUCAUCAGUGUGCCAAGAAAAACCACCAAGUGACAGAAGUCGUCCUCCUCCACAGAAUGGGCCCGUGGCUCCUUCCGGACCUUCUGUGAGCCGCCAGGAGCUGAGGUUUCUGUAGGGAUGCCUGUGGGCCAGCAGAAACCAGACUCCCCAGAGAUGGACACCGACCUGGCCCCCAGCUGCGGCCUCAGCGACUGCAGCAGAGGGGGCAGUUUGGAGAGUCGAAGCAGCAGUUCCCGGUCCCGAAGUUUCACUUUGGACGAUGAGAGCCUGAAGUACCUCACACACGAGGAAAAGGAUGUUAUCCUGUUCUUUGAAGAGACUCUGGAUUCCCUGGAAGAUGACUUUGAAGAGCCAGCCCAGUGUGACAGUGGGAUCCACUGCCACUCCCCACAGUCUCUGGAGGAGAGCACUUCCAGCCACUCCGAGCCUGAAGAUGUCAUUGAUUUGGUACCACCAGGACCUGCAGCUGGGGAAGCUGAGUGCCUUCCAGAUGUGGCCCAGCUAGCAGGGGCUGCACCUGUCGGAAAGGAAGAUACUCCCACUACCCUCUCUGAGUGUGGGAAACCAGAGGCCGAGAGUUCGCGGCCGCUGGACCCCACGGCACCAGACGCCCUACCUCCGCCACCUUCCCUACCCAGCAUGGAGGCCCCAACCUCCCAGAGGAAAGAGACGCUCUCCCCUCCUCCCGCAGAGCACCCGAAACUGGCCCGCUCUGUCCCCACCCCUCUGGUCAUUGCCCAGAAGAUUUCAGAGAAGCUGGCAGGAGGCGAAGCGUCCUCACCUACAUCGCCCUCAAAGGAGGCCAGGCCUGGAGAAUGGAGGACACCGACGCCACCAGCGCCGCGGUCCGGGGAGCCCUCCCUGUGGCACCGACACUCGGCCCAGCCCGCGGCCAAGGUGCACCGCUUCCCCAGCAACAUCAGCGUGACCAACAGCGCGGGGAAGGAGUUCAACAAGACCAUCUCCAAAGCCGCCGUCAACGUGCAGGAGCGCAAAGCCCAGGUCCUGGCCAACAUCAAUGGUGUCUCCUUCCUGGCUGCAUCAGCCGCUCACAGGGAGGACCAGAAGAACGAGUUCGCGGGGGAGCAGGGGAGAAACGUGCCUGCAGGUGCUGCAGCCCCUGAGCGGAGCCGAGCCGGCACGGCCGAGGCCCCGAGGGCAGCACAGACUGGCCGCCAGCACUCCCGAGGCGUGCAGACGGAGCGGGGCCCUUUGCCGGCUAGUGGCUUCCAGAGCAUCCAUGAUGUCCUCCGGAGUGAGCCCAGUCCCUUCGUCUCCACCGGCAAGACCGUCACCUUCCGGCCAGACCCAGCUGUCACCAGUAGUAAACUGGCACGCCAGAACGCCAGCAAGAGCUUCUACACGCACAGGCAGCAGCCAGAGGACGGAGGCGGGCCCCCAGCAGACACGAGGCGGCGCGCUGGCUCGCUGCCCAGGGCAGUGGGCUUCAGACCCCAGGGCAUCACCGUGCAGUUCUCCGGCCGCGGCUCUACUGAGGAGGCUCGCCGGGAGGCCCUGAGGAAGCUGGGGCUGCUGAAGGAGAACUUGUGAUGGAGGCUCCGGGAAGCUGCGGGAGGCAUGAUCGUCAGCCCGAGCUGGCUGGCAGGAUGGCCACACAGACCGGCCUUUCCCGCUCUCAUCCUGCACAUCUACAACCUUCCCUAGCCUGAAGUGGGCAGGUCUUCACAGAGCAGCGGCAGCUACUGCUGCCCACCCUGGGGAGGAUCCCAGAGAGAGGCAGCCAGCUGGGCCUCCAGGGCUGGGGAAGGGAGGGUUGACACUGCCCAUGCUGCCCACCUCCGGGCCUGGCAUCCUUCUGCAAAGGAAAACCCUGGCAUGCAUCUUCCGGGACUGUGGUGUGGGGCGAAUGGCCUUGAGACUGAGGAGCUUCUGUGUGUUUUGGGGGGUAGAGGUGGGGAAUGGGUGUGAUUUGUGAUGCCUGACUGAGUCCCAUAUCCAGAGCCAGCACAGGACACAAAAGCUCCUACUCAGGAUCUCCCUUCCUUUCCUGAGAGAAUUAAAAAUACUUGGUAAAUGCUUUCAUAUA